AUGGCAGAGCUCGCCAUUGGUAUUUCCAGGACAGCGAUUGAGGCGUUGGUGAACAAGUUCAACUCAGCCAUCAAGGAGGAGGAGGAUCAGUGGCAGGCUAUGCGGCGUGACCUGGUGUUCAUCACAGAUGAGUUUGAGAUGAUGCAGUCCUUCCUCAGCUCGGCCGACGGGGAGCUGGUGAAGACCAGUGUAGUGAGGACCUGGGUGAGGCAAGUGCGUGACUUGUCUUACGAUUUUGAGGACUGCAUCGAGUUCAUCCUCCAUCUGGACACAGAUAAUAGUAAGAGGUCAUGGUGGCUACGCUUGCUGCCGUCCUGGUCAUGGCAGCUGCUUAUGUGCAGCAAGGAGGGAGCAACGCGGCCCGUGGAUGAAGCAGUCACCCAGAUACAGCAGCUGAUGGCCCGCGUCAAGGACGUGAGCGAGAGGAAGAUACGCUACAGGUUCAUCGGUGACGUCCCUGGCUCCCUCACGCAGCAACAGAUGGUACUGUCCGGCUCCGCCAUUGGCGCACCAGGAUUUGACAUCCUUGCCGAGGCAAGGGACACCGCGGCAAGGCGCACGGGUGCAGUUGACCUCAUCAAGCUCAUCACCGAGAAAAGCGGCGACGAUCAUCUUCUUCGAGUGAUCUCGCUGUGGGCAACUGGGGACGACCUUGGGACCGUCUCCAUCAUCAGGAAUAUGUAUGAUGAUCCAAGGAUAAAGGACAGCUUCAGGUGCCGUGCCUGGGUGAAGGUAACGCAUCCUAUCAAUCCCCAUGAGCUCGUCAGGAGCUUGGUGGUUCAGUUCUACGCAAACUACUCUUGCCAAGAACCUCUUGGAAGAGAUGCCCUGUCGUGGCUUCUUCUAAAAUACAAAAGGCAGAGAGAUGCUCUGUCGUGGACGGAGACGUCCGCGGGGGAUCUUGUCAAGGAGUUUCUGCGGCAGGUUGAGACACAUCGGUACCUCAUCAUCCUGGAAGACCUGUCCAGCGUGGUGCAGUGGGAUGCCAUCAGGCCGUACCUGCGGGGAAGCAACAACAGAAGCCGUGUCGUUGUGUCGACUCGCAACCAUGAAAUCGCAAGCUUGUGCACGGGGAAGCCUUACCGAGUAUCGGAGCUGCAGCGGAUCUCGCUCAAUCAGUCUAUCUGCGUCUUCUUCAAUUCGGGUAUUGUACCCGCCAAAGGGAGCACCACCAUCCCAACACAGGAAUCUAUCGACCGUCGUUGUCUGGGGAAGAAUAGCCUUGUAGGGCGCGAUUUGGAAGGCGAGAAACUCUUCAAGCUGAUAAAGGAUCGACCUCACACCGAGAAACCUCACGUGGUCUCCGUGUGGGGAAUUCCUGGUUCAGGGAGGACAGCUUUGGUCUCCGAUGUCUACGACCGCUGCUGUUAUAACAAGCUGUUUGAUCGUCAGGCGACAGUCAGCAUCCCCCAGCCGUACAAUCUCAUGGGUUUUUGCCGGUGCUUGCUACUGUCUGGCUUGGCUUCAUCAGUCCAACCCCAAAAUCCCAUCCGACAGUGCUGUGAGGUUCUGCAUGCGGAUCGGUGCCUUGUAGUUAUUGAUGAGGUGCAGUCUAAGGAAGACUGGGACUCCAUCAAAGAUGCUGGCUUCAUAUCUGCAAAAUGUAAAAGUUGCUUCGUUGUCAUUACGACUGAAGAGAGCGUCGCCACACACUGCGCAGGGGCAGACGAUCUAGUGUGCAGCAUCAGAUGUCUCCCAUCUAAGGCAGCCUUUGAUCUCUUUCUGCAGGCAUAUCAGGAACAUAAUAGGAACUCGUUUGAGGAACAAGAGUUUCAGAGCAAUAAAGACUCGUUUGAAGAACAAGCAUUUAGUUAUAUUUUUGGAGGCGUUGAACAGGACAAACAAGCGUUUCAGAACGAUGGAAACUCGUUCGAAGGACAGUCAGUUAGAAACAAUGGAAACUCAUUUGAAGAACAUGCAUAUCAGGAACAUAAUAGGAACUCGUUUGAGGAACAAGAGUUUCAGAGCAAUAAAGACUCGUUUGAAGAACAAGCAUUUAGAUAUAUUUUUGGAGGCGUUGAACAGGAAAAACAAGCGUUUCAGAACGAUGGAAACUCGUUCGAAGGACAGUCAGUUAGAAACAAUGGAAACUCAUUUGAAGAACAUGCAUUUCGGAAUAUGCCAAAGUCGUUUGAAGAAGAGGCAGUCCAGAAUAAUGGAAACUCGAUCGAAGAACAGAUAUUUGAAAAUAAGGGAAAAUCAAUUGAAGAUCAGGCAUUUCAGAAUAAAGGAAGUUCGACUGAAGAAAAGGAACUUCAGAAUAGUGAAAACUUAUUAGAAGAACAGGCACUUCUGAAUAAUAGAAUCUUGUUAGAAGAACCGGUGUUUCAAAAUAAUAGAAAACUAUUUGUAGGACAGGCAUUUCCGAACAAUGGAAAUUCAAUUGAACAGACUGUUGUUGGCUGGGUUUUUGAAAUGAACAAACAGGAAGAACAUGAGUUUGAGAAUGAUGGAAGCUCGCUUGAAGAAUAUUCAUUUCGGAAUAGUAGAAGCUCGUCUCGAGAACAUGUAUUCCAGGACCAAGAUGGUGUAAACUUGUUUGAAGAAUUGGCAGUUUUCCCUGAAAGGAGCUUAUUGGGAGAGCUAGAAUUUCAGAACAAUAAUAGCUUGUUUGUUGAAGAAGAGACGUUUCAGAAUAUCAAAGACAGCAUGCCUCAGAGAGACGACCCUGAUGUAAAAGCUAUAUUAUCGAGGAGCGGAGGACUUCCCCAAGUAAUAGUUGCUUUAGCCAGAUACUUGGCCGAGCAAAACAUGUCUAACAUGGACUCAAGGGAAAGGGAAUGGCAGCGUCAGCGUCUGACAGCCAACUUCAUGCAGGAGUUACAGACCAGCCAAGAAUUUUACUGCUUACGGGGCCUGUUCGCGUGGAUGCGUGCCUACUUCUGCUCUUCUCCUCCAUCGCUCAUGAGAUCCAUGUUGUACCUCUUGAUUUUUCCUCAAGGAAAAACCUUUCGGCGAAGGCGUUUGGUGAGGCGAUGGAUCGCGGAGGGCUACGCCGAGGGCUCCGAAAGCAACAGCUUGGAGGAAAUGGGGAAGCUCUUCCACAGGCUUGCCUCCCAGAGCGUGAUACAGGAGACACCUGCGGAUGCUGCCUGCUACGAGGUCAAUGGCUUCUUCCACGAGUACAUGAUCUCGCGGCCAAUGGAGGACGGGAUUUUGUCCCCGCUGGAAGUGUCUGUGCUGGAUGGCUAUUGCUGCAGGCUAGCCACAAAGGGUGUAGGGCAACACCUGGCCGUUUGGAGCAGCUGGGACAGGAACAACACCGUGUUCGACAGCCUUGACUUCUUCCGGUUACGGUCUUUAACUGUGUUUGGUCGCUGGGAGCCGUUCUUCGUCUCCGACAAGAUGAGAGUGCUUCGUGUGCUCGACCUGGAGGAUGCAUCCAAUGUAAUUAAUGCUGAUGUCGACAAUAUUGGGAGGAUGCUACUUCGCCUCAAGUUCCUGUCCCUGAGAGGAUGCAAGGAUAUCACUUGUCUGCCGGAUUCCUUUGGUGGCCUGAGGCAUCUCCAGACUCUGGAUAUCAGAGGAACCUCCAUUGUCACUCUUUCACCUAGCAUCACCAAGCUACACAAGCUGCAGUAUGUUCGUGCCGGUACCCCUGUACCAAUCACAAACGCCAGCGCUGUUGACAUCCAAAGACCAGAAGAAGGAGCAUCGCCAUCACCACCAGCUACUCCGGUGUCCCGCUCAUUCCGGUUGCCGGAGUCGUGGAGGCGCUGCUUCCAGUGUCUUGCUGCUGAUGGCUCCCGUAACAAUGGUGGGGUUGUGGUGCCCGGAGGGAUUGGGAAAAUGGUGACCUUGCACACUCUGGGUGUCAUCGACGUCAGUGUUAGGUGGCGGCCUGUUCUGGAAGCGCUCAAGAAGCUUACCCAAUUGCGCAAGCUUGGAGUAUCUGGCAUCAACCGGAGAAACUGCCGGGAGUUGUGCUCUGCCAUCUCUGGUCUCGCCCACUUGGAAUCCGUGUCAGUGCAGCUCGAUCAGGAGAAUAGCCAAGGAUGCUUGGAUGCCAUCUCCAAGUUUCCAGAGAACCUGCAGAGCCUUAAGCUGUACGGGUAUGCACGUGCAGAUGCAGACCACGAGCUGCCAGAAUGGAUCUCGCGGCUGCGGAAGCUCAGUAAACUGAAUCUGCAGACGGCCAUGUUGCCGUCAGAUGGAGGGAGGAUCCGGUUUGGCUCAGGUUUCGACAGUCUCAUGGUUCUCCAGAUCGCUUGCCACCAGAGGUUACGCGCUGUAACAUUUCAGUCUGGAGCAAUGCCUCGUCUCGAGUGUCUGAAGCUCCGCUGCUGCAACGUCUCAUCGUUGCUGCUCUCGGGAUUAAAGGAGCUGGCCAGUCUCCAGGAAGUCUGGCUCACGGGAUCCUAUAAACAAGAAUUCAAGGAAAACUUGCAAAGCCAGAUCAACGAGCAUCACAGCAAAAUCAAACCUGUCUUGAAGGAGGAAGAUGAAUCCUGA